AUGUUCGAUAACGCGCUCCCGAAGACGCGGCGGUCGUUCCGGUUCGGCGACAUCUCCGUCGCCGUCCGGUUGGUAGAUGAUGACCCGGGAGCUGUGCAGUCCGGUCACUACGUCUGGCCGGCCGCUCCGGCGCUGUCCGCCUACCUCGUAGACCGCCGCCUGGCGCUGCCCCGCGGAGGCAGGUGCCUGGAGCUGGGCGCAGGGUGCGGCCUGGCGGGGCUAGUCGCGGCGCAGCUACCGCUCACGACGGCGGUCGUGUUCACGGACCAUGACCCAGGCGUAUUGGACAUGAUCAGAGAGAGCAUCGAAGAGCAACAGCAACAACCGGAGUUGGGGGGGAGCGCAGCCGCAGCAAAGUCGCGUUGUGUGCAGCUCUCGUGGGGCAGUGUCGGAAACGCCCAACGCGCCUCCCUAGCCAACGCGCUUUCGAGCGUCGCCGCCUCCUCUCCGCCCCGACCUAGUCGUGACGAAGCUCUCGUCCGGACAAGAAAUCUUGCGGAGGAGGUGGGGGGGUCGACAAGCGGUGGUGCCCCCGGGGGGGGGAGCGGGGACGGGCUCAGCAGGCGACGUGUCGACGGUGAACGCAGUGAUAGAAGUGAUGACGGCAGUGAUGAUGAUGAUGAUGAUGGUGACAGCAGGGGUGGCGGUGGCGUACUUUUCGAUCUGGUGAUCGCGAGCGACGUGAUAUACUCGGUGUCGGUGGUGGAGCCUCUUUUUCUGACAGUCGGCGAGCUCCUCCGUCGUCGUUGUUGCUCUUUUUCCUCGAGGGAGAAACCGGGCGAGGAGGCAAGGCCGCCACGGGAACCCGAACCAGGAGAAGGGGGAGGAGUGGUAGAGAGGCGACAAGCGGCGGGGACAGCGGGGAAUGCAAGUGGUGGCGUCGUUCCAGAGGAGGAAGUGCCGGUAUUGUCUGCGCCGAAGCCUCCAUUACGUCAGGGCGGUCCUUUUGACAACGAAAGCUCGUCUGCUAGCGGCGGCGGCGGCGGCGGCGGCGCUGACAACACGCCCGUGUUCUUGAUGUCCCAGAGCUUCGGGUACGACGCAGAGACCGAGAAAUCGAUCGAGCGGGCCUGCCUGGAGCAGGGCUUGGUCCGAGAGGUGGUGUGGGACGAGCUCCAUCUCGCACCCACAACACCGACAACGACAACCCAGGAGCGCCAAGAACAGCAAGAGCCGCCACCACCCGAACAGCGGCAGCAACGGGGGGCCGGUGAGGUCGCCGCGGAAGGGGAGCACCCCUCUCCCGCAAGGAGGGAAGGGGGGGAAGAAGAGGAGCUGCUGUUGGUGUCGCGGCCGCUACGGGCGGGAACCAAGCUGCAACGGUUCUGGCACGCAUGACAUUGGUUCCUCCUGCUUCUCCUCCUCCGAACUGUUGCUCUUUGGGCGGCACGGGGGGUAAAAACAUUGUUUCGUGUGUUGCGCUUUUGUCUCCGCCGUCCCAUCUUGAUCUUCCGCGGGAGUUGGGGGUCGGCACCGGAACGGGAAUGUCAUGAUCGACCAAUCAAACGCGUGGGUUGUCGAGGAUCGACCGAUCGCAUGACGUUUGCUUUUUUUUUUUUCUCUGCAGCACUUUUUGGAACUGCUGCUGUCGCGCCUGUGAAUGGAGCUGCGAUGGGCGUGCGCUGCUGUUGUGGCUGUUAUCGUGGUUGAUUGUGGUAGUUGUUUUUGCUGCCCUUUCCUUCCCGUCCGGGAUAACUUGUUGGAGCACCGGAGAAACAGAAAAUCAAUAGGCCCAGAGACCGUCCACCAGUUUCGUUAGUGUCGAAACAAUCAUUGCGAUACUUUUUAGUUGCCGCAGCCGUGCUUGAGGAAUUGGCGCGCCAUUGUUGUCCCCUGCACCGUGGGAUCCUGGGGGUUUAUUGGCGACGGUUGCCGACGGGCGUGUGGUAGGAACUUCAUUUCGAAGCGGGUGACACUGAUGCGUCGUCAUCUUCACGCCAACACAGCGCUACUGCUGUUAUGACACGUGGUCCAUCCAACAUUCGGACAACGUCCAAAUUGCGGGUCGCUCUACUUGUUGUGGUCAUGAUUGCAGCCACAGCUCUCUCCUCAGAACCACAUCGAACACGGACCUUGGCCGCCUCUAUUGUUACAAGAUCGUCGUUUAGGCGAAACGACUGAUGUUGAGAUUGUACAUGCUCCCGUCCCAUCUGCCGAAGUUCGGGCUAACGUGGCCGCUCUACGGCGCACUCCCGCUCCCGCCCGGGCUUGCAAAGCGAGUACUCCUGGUGUAAAGGUCCCAACAUUAAACCCAACAACGUUUGACCGACUGCAAAGUCGUUGACACCGCCAAAGCCCACGUGGACAAAAACAGAACGCCGCCCCCCUGCCAGCACACACAUAUCGCUACUAGUCUUCUGCUCCACCCCCUUUCCGUCCG